CCUCGACCCCUCUCCGAGGUCGGUCAUUUCCCCCGCAUGGAGAGCAGAGGGUCCUAUAUUUUCGCUAGUAGCUAAUAAUUCUCGGCCUUUGCUUUCUCACUCUCUCUCUAGACUCUAGCUCCCCAGCCUAAACACAUUCAUGUGAACUCUCUCUCUCCCCACCUGCUCCAGCAUUACCUGGUCAAAAAUGGCUCACCACUGCGAGUCCAAAAGCCCUUUGGCCUCUUCUCUCUACUCUACUUAUUUCCUGCUACUUUCUCUCUCCUCUUCCCAGAAAUCCCAAGCCUCUUCACUCUCUCACCAACUCUCAACAACAAAAAACCAAUUUCUUUAAGGUUGAGCUUCUUCAACCCCUUCCCUUCCCUUCCCUUCCAUGGCCUCACCCACCCUGAAGUUCCUCUGCUUUCUCCUCCUCCCCUUUCUCUCUCUGAAACUCCCCUCCUCUUAUUCCCAAAACUUCAUCUACAAUGGUUUCGAUAAUGCCAACAUAACCUUAACAGGUUCAUCUCAGAUCAAAAGAAGUGGAAUUCUUCAACUAACCAAUGUUACAUCAGGGCUCAUAGGCCGUGCCUUUUACCCUGAACCUCUCCAAUUCAAGAACUCGAACCGUGUUUCCUCUUUCUCCACCUCCUUUGUCUUUACAAUUGUGCCAAUUAUCCCAACCAAAGGUGGCCAUGGCCUGGCCUUCACAAUUUCUCCGUCUACAUCCUUUCUCGGAGCUUUUGCGAAGCAAUACCUCGGCCUUUUCAACGUGACCACCAUCGGUAACUUAUCGAACCAUAUCUUUGCCGUCGAAUUCGACACAGUUCAAGACUAUGAGUUUGGGGAUAUCAAUGACAACCAUGUUGGGGUUGACAUCGACAACCUUAAUUCAACUGUGGCUGCCCCUGCUUUUAUCAAAUUGGCCAAAAAUGGCAUCAUCACCACCACAAAUGUGACCUUGCAAGGUGGUAACCCAAUUCAAGCCUGGAUCGAGUACGAUUCGCCUUCGAAAGUCCUCAACAUCACACUCUCUUUGUCCUCUGAUAAGCCUCAAAUCCCCUUGAUCUCGACCGAGAUUGAUCUCUCUCCGGUCCUUGAAGACUACAUGUAUGUUGGUUUCUCCACUUCUACUGGUGUCUUGGCGAGUUCCCACUAUGUCUCAGGCUGGACCUUUCGAAUGAAUGGCGAGCCACAACCCCUUUUUCUCUCUCGCCUUCCUCUUCUUCGAAACACGAAGAAUAUCACGCAGAGCAAAGGUUUCAUAAGUGGGGUCUCAAUUUCUGUAACUCUUUUGGUUUGUGCUGCCAUUGCAGCUUCUCUGUAUAUAGUAUGGAAAUUGAAGACAGCAGAUAUUAUCGAAGAAUGGGAGUUGACCUCUGGCCCUCAUAGAUUCUCUUACAAACAGCUUCGAAUGGCCACUCGCAGUUUUAGCAGCAAAGAGUUGUUAGGAUUUGGUGGAUUUGGAAAAGUUUACAGAGGAGUUUUAUCAGGCUCAAAGACCGUGGUUGCAGUUAAGCGUGUUAACCAUGAAUCGAAGCAGGGAUUGCGUGAGUUCGUGGCCGAGAUCGCGAGCGUCGGACGCAUGAGGCACCGCAACCUGGUUCAGUUGCAGGGGUGGUGCAGGCGAAGGGGUGACCUACUGCUUGUGUAUGACUACAUGCCCAAUGGUAGCCUUGAUAAAUACAUCUUCGAGCCACAAGAAGGCUCUGUAUUGAGCUGGGCUCAGCGCUACAAGGUAAUCAGGGGCGUGGCAGCAGGGCUCUUGUAUUUGCACGAAGAGUGGGAACAGGUGGUCCUGCACAGAGACGUGAAGGCCAGUAAUGUAUUGUUGGACGCUGACAUGAAUGGAAGGCUAGGUGACUUCGGGCUGGCACGGCUAUAUGAACACGGGGCAAAUGCGUACACGACUCACGUGGUAGGAACCCUUGGGUACCUUGCACCCGAGCUUUCGCGCAUAGGGCGAUCGACCACCAAGACUGAUGUCUAUGCCUACGGUGCUCUCCUUUUGGAGGUGGCUUGCGGGCGAAGGCCAAUCGAUGCCAAGGCCCCACCAGAGGAGAUGGUUUUGGUAGAUUGGGUAUGGGAUUGCCAUGCAAGGGGGCAGAUUGUUAUGGCCGCGGAUUCGAGGCUGAGGGGAUUGUAUGAUAUGGGUGAGAUGGAGGCCGUGUUACGUCUUGGGCUUUCUUGCUCGAGUUCGGCACCAGAGGCACGACCUAGCAUGAGGCAGGUUGUGCAGGUGCUUGAUGGGGAUGCUCCAUUGCCUGAGCUGGGAUUGGGGCAGGUUAAUAAUGAUAAUGCUAGCAGGAGAGUGUACGUUGAGGACCAUGUGCACUCGUAUCCUUCCUCAAUGGACCAGGGCUCAUUCGCGUCGAGCGGAGGAGGGGGCACCGGGGGAGGAGUACCUUUGUCACCACUAUCGUUGUCGUUGUUGUCUGAAAGGGCUGGGCGGUGAUAACCAUUGUGUAUAAGUUUGUUUCAUUAUGUUUCUUUUUGCCUCAGCUUUGCCCCUUUUCUUUUUUUGAAUUACA